GUCAGGGGGCAUUGUUUCCCUCCUCUCAUACGCGAUAAGAAAGAUACCACGUCGAAAAAUUGGUAGGUAGAUAAGCAGCCAUUCUCGAACCAUUCGCGCCUAUUCCGUUCCAUCUCCUGAUCUCCGUUCGCAUCUCCGAUGCCUCCCAUGGGCAUGGCUUCCACCUCCCUUCUCGUCCCCACCUCCUUCGCCCCGGCCGCAACAGCUCGCCGCAGCUUCUUCGGCCACCGCCCCCCUUCCAGCCUCCCCGCGGCCCGCCUCCGCCUCCGCCUCCCCCUCCCGCGUACGUCCUCGCUCGUCGCCUCCGCCUCGGCUUCCCCGCCGCGGUCGCUCGACGCCCUCAUCUUCGACUGCGACGGCGUCAUACUGGAGUCGGAGCACCUCCACCGGCAGGCCUACAACGACGCCUUCGCGCACUUCGGGGUACGCUGCCCGCCGGCGGCCGACGCGCCGCUGUACUGGGACGAGGCAUUCUACGACGACCUCCAGAACCGCAUCGGCGGCGGGAAGCCCAAGAUGCGAUGGUACUUUGGAGAAAAUGGGUGGCCUUCUUCAAAGAUAUUGGAGACAGCACCUUCAAGCGACGCAGACAGGGAGAAGUUAAUUGACGUUAUUCAGGACUGGAAAACAGAGAGGUAUAAGGCAAUAAUCAAAUCUGGAACUGUGGAGCCUAGACCUGGUGUUUUGCGGCUGAUGGAUGAAGUUAAGGGUGCGGGCAUCAAGCUUGCUGUUUGCUCUGCAGCAACUAAAAGUUCAGUGGUGUUGUGCCUUGAAAAUCUUCUUGGACUUGAAAGAUUCAAUGGUCUGGACUGCUUCCUCGCCGGCGAUGAUGUUAAACUGAAAAAACCCGAUCCAUCGAUAUAUAUUACAGCAGCAAAGAAACUAGGAAUAGAAAGCAAGAACUGCCUUGUGGUAGAAGACAGUGUCAUUGGACUACAAGCAGCAAAAGGAGCAGGGAUGUCAUGUAUAAUAACAUACACACCUUCAACUUCGAACCAAGAUUUCAAGGAUGCAAUUGCAACCUACCCUGAUCUCAGUAACGUGAGGCUUGAGGACCUGAAGCUACUGCUCCAAGAAUCCCUCGUCACUGGAUAGUGGAAUUCAGCCUUUUUCGGUUGCUGGCGAUCCUACCCCCUAGCCCUAGGGGGUUCAAUCCACCCAGGGGUUGGAUGAUCCCCACCUCUCACCCGAUCCCCACUAAUUCCUUCACCACCAGAAUCCCUAAACUAAAUCACUGCUCGGUUAAACCUCUUGUCGAAAUUUGAAUUGUGCAUUGCUGUUACAGUGUGGUGGCAACAGUGAAACAUUUGGAGUUACAACAACGACAUGCCAAACUGAAUUUACAGU